CCCUCCAUCUGGUUCGUUUUUUAAGGUUGACGUGUCCAAGUGUUGCAGAUUAGGAAGACCCGCUCCUCAUGAGGAUUUUGGCUUCGAUUUUGACCAUCCAAACAUUUCUAACGUAACAUUCCAUUUGGGGAAGAGAGAGAAACACAAAUCCAGAGACAAAGACCCAAACACUAUUUUCACUUUCAAGCUUUCCAUUCUUUUGUUGUUGUUGUUUUUUUCCCUCCAACACCUCUCAAGACGUUCGUUCCCCCUAUUCACACUUUUGUUGCCUUUGGUUGAUUUCAGAGCCAGGGUUUGGUCAAUUGAAUGUUGUGAUUUCUGCUGGUUAAGCAUCUUGGAUAUACUUCUGUGAUUUUGGGAUCACAGAUAUGACCAAAAGUGCAGAAUUGUCUCAGGGAAAUGGUGGUGUUUCUAUUCCCACUCCUAUUUCCCAGUCUGGGCCACAAGAACAAAAUCAGCGUUUUCAAGGUGGAAGCGGCAAUAUGAUUUUCAAGAGUGGACCACUUUUAAUAUCUUCUAAAGGAAUUGGAUGGACAUCCUGGAAGAAAAGGUGGUUUAUUUUAACACAGACUUCACUUGUUUUCUUCAGAAGUGAUCCAAAUGCUGUCCCUCAGAAGGGAAAUGAAGUGAAUUUGACCCUUGGUGGCAUUGACCUCAACAAUUCAGGCAGUGUUGUUAUCAAAGCAGAUAAGAAACUUUUGACUGUACAAUUUCCUGAUGUUCAUGAUGGACGAGCUUUCACACUUAAGGCUGAAACUACAGAGGAUUUAUAUGAGUGGAAGACUGCACUUGAGAAUGCUUUGGCACUAGCACCUAAUGCUGCCAAUGUGACAGAGCAAAAUGGUAUCUUCAGGAACGAUCAGACUGAUUCAAUUGAUAUUUCUUUGGACCAGUUGAAGGAUAGAGAACCAGUUAAGUCUACUGUCGUUGGCCGGCCAAUUUUACUUGCUUUGGAGGAUGUUGAUGGAACUCCAUCAUUUUUGGAGAAAGCCCUAACAUUCAUAGAAGAGCAUGGUGCUAACAUAGAAGGAAUCUUGCGACAAGCAGCUGAUGUUGAUGAGGUUGAACGUCGAGUUCGGGAAUAUGAACAAGGAAAAGUUGAGUUUUCUCCAGACGAGGAUGCACAUGUUGUUGGUGACUGUGUUAAGCAUGUAAUUCGUGAAUUGCCAUCUUCUCCGGUCCCUGCAUCUUGUUGUAAAGCACUGUUAGAAGCUUGCCGAACUGAGCGUGGUAGUAGGGUUGCUGCUAUGCGUGCAGCAAUAAAUGACACUUUCCCUGAACCAAAUCGCCGCUUACUGCAAAGAAUACUUAUGAUGAUGCAAACUGUGGCUUCACGCAAAGCUGUGAAUAGAAUGAGCUCCUCAGCUGUGGCAGCUUGCAUGGCGCCUUUACUUCUUCGCCCCCUUCUGGCUGGAGAAUGUGAAAUUGAAAAUGAUUUUGAUGUAGGUGGUGAUGGUUCUGUUCAACUUUUACAAGCAGCUGCUGCGGCAAACCAUGCUCAAGCAAUUUGUAUAACCUUAUUAGAAGAAUAUAGCAGCAUAUUUGGGGGAGGUUCUGUGUCCCCUGAUAUAUACACGGACUCAGAAGAAGAGAGUGGAUCUGAGAGUGAGGGGGCAACUGAUGAUGAUGAUGAUGAUGAUGAUGAUGAUGAUUAUGAAGAUGAUGAUGAUGAUGAACAAGAUGAAUCAAUACACGAGUCUGAUGCAGAUGAUGAUCUUGUUAGUGAAUCGUACAGUGGAACUGUAGAUUCUGAGGCCGAUGAUGAGGACCAUGAUCAUGCUAGUUCAAGUUCGAAAUCCUCUGGUAAGAGUGAAAAAUUGAAAGCCACUCGGAAGUUAUCAUCAAAGUCACUUGAAGGCUCACUGACUCAACAUGAAGAUUUCAAAAGCUCUGAACUAGUCACUAGUUCAAAGAAGACUGGCUAUAUAGAUCAGUCCAAUAAGCCUGCUGAUAUAGUUGGAGGAGUUUCCACUAAUCAAGCUACAUUGCAUAAUUCAAAUUCUCCUAGCCCUGCUUCGUGUAUCAAAAAAUCCAAUACCAUGUCCAAUGGCCCAGCACCUCGGCAUCGCACCACAUUGGGGCGCACCUCUGCAAGGAAGAAUCUUUCCAUGGAAUCCAUUGAUUUUCCUCUUGAAGAUGAAGAUGAAAUUGAAAGGCUUGAAGCUGCCAGGACAGAACUACAAACCCAAAUUGACGAGGAGGUGAAGGCAAAUGAAAAGCUGCAAUCUCAUGUGGACAAACAAAAGAAAGCCUUGGAAGAGCGUCAUCUGGCUCUUGAGCAAGAUGUGGCUAGACUGCAGGAACUGUUGCACAAGGAAAAGAAUUCUCGGGUGGCUCUUGAGAACAAAGCAGAGCUUGAGGAAUUAGCUCUGGUAGAAGCAGAUCUUGCCAACUUAGAGUGGAAGGUUGAUGAGAUUGGGGUGAGGCUUAAUGCACAAAUUGAGCGGAAUCAUGGAAGUACUUCAGAUUCCUCUAAUAAACCACGACAGAUAUCAAAUCAAGAAAGAAAAUUGAAACACAAGGUAGAUGCUGAAGUUGCUGCUACGCCACAAUUUGACAGAUCAAUAAGUAAGGACACUAAUAUUGGUGGAGCAGAAAAUGAUAUUGAGAGAAAGCCUGAAUCAACACCUUUACCAAACAAACACCCACCAACUAGCUCCAAGCGAUCUGGUACAAAGGGUGAGGGAGCAAAUUCCACUCCUUCUGCACUGACAAAACUGACAUCCAGACUGAACUUUUUGAAGGUGGGACGAAGUCAGACUCAAAAUGAACUCCAAAGUAUGGAUAAAGGCCGAGACUCAAGUCGCUAUUCAAUCAAUGUGGAAAAAGGGAAAGGAUAUGAACGUCCCCAAUCACUUCCAUCCCCCAAACUACCAUCUCCUAGACUUCCAUCUCCUAGACUUCCAUCUCCCAAACAUCUAUCCCCCAAUAGAUUUGGAGGGUCUGAAGCUCAGUCUGUGCCAAACCCAGAAAAGGGUAAAGGGUCAGAGGCAGUUCAGAUUUCAGAGAAAGGACUGAGCAAAGGUAAAUCGCAUCAAAGUUCAGAGAAACUGAAAAAAUCAGAUAGCCAGCCAGCCCAUCACUCAGAUGGAUGGAAUCAACAACCAAAACAAUUGGAGAGAGGAAGAUCAGAGGGUCAUCAGACUUAUAAUGCGGAUAAAGGAAGGUCAGAGGGUCAUCAGACUUAUAAUGUGGAUAAAGGUCGAUGAUUGAAAGGGCUAGUUUUCUUCUGUUCUAGAACAUGAUCCACAUGCAGUCAGUGUUUUUGUUGUCCAUGUUGGGAUUUGCUUGUCUUUCAACGAUGUUUUGUGUGGUUUACGAAAUACAGUGAGAAGAAUCCUUCUUUGAUAAGGUUGCCUCAAGAACCCUUAUUCAAACAAGAGAAGCAUUCCACUUACCCCCAAAAGCACCAUGUGCAAGGCAUAGUUCAACUUUUCACGUGACAUAAGCCGAACUGUUUGUAACCUUACAUGCUGAUUUUUACUAGCUCAGUAAGCAGCAGGUUGAUUUGCAUUUACAUUAUCGUAUUUGUAACUGCAAUAACGUUUGAAUUGUUUGGCAUAAGCUGGCAAAGCAUUAUUAAGGCAGAUAACCUUGGUCCAAA